CAAAACGCAGGGCCAAAUGUCACGUCUUUUCUCACUCCUGUCAAGUGUGUUUUUCCUGCCGGCGCGGUCUCUCCAUAGUAACCGUGAAGUGGGCGAGCAACUAGAAAAAGGCCUGGACAGAGUAGCUGAAUGAUAAGGAAUCAUAUGAACAUUUUAGACUGAAGAUUGGCUCCAUUCUGAGCAACUCAGUCUGAGAAAAAUGGAUGGUUGUAGCGGAAGUAACGAUGUGCAGGCAGAGCUGGACUCAGUGGAGACAGAGCUGGAGUUGGUGGAGCUGCAGAUCACAGAGCUCCUGCAGAAGCAGGCUGAACUGACAUCCCGCAAGAAUGCACUGCUGUGUCACCUGGAGGAGGCCUGUGACGCUGCACGGCCAUCUGCAUCAUCCUCUUCAUCCUCUUCUUCAAAAGCAUCUGGAGAUGUUCCUGUGAUGAGCAAGCAGGAGAUGCAGCGCUAUGAUGGAGCAGAUUUUCCGUGGUCUGGAGAUGUGAAGCAGCAUCUGAAGGAUUCCUUCCAGCUCUCCAAGUUCAGGCCACUGCAGCUGAGGGCCAUCAACCUGACGCUGGCAGGCAGAGAUCUGUUCCUGGUGAUGCCCACAGGCCGAGGAAAAAGUCUCUGCUACCAGCUGCCUGCUGUCUGCUCCAAGGGUUUCACACUCGUUGUCACUCCCUUGCUGUCCCUGAUGGAGGAUCAGGUCAUGUACCUGAAGUCCAUUGAUGUAUCAGCAGUCAUGCUGAAUGCUUCCAGUAGUAAGGAACAUGCUAAGACAGUCAUGGCUGGAUUGACGGAUCCAAAGGCCUCCUUCAAGCUAUUGUACGUGACUCCAGAGAAAGUCGCCAAGAGCAAGCUGCUGAUGUCUCGUCUGGAGAAAGCCUACAACGCAAACCUGCUGAGUCGUAUCGCUGUGGAUGAGGUGCACUGCUGCAGCCAGUGGGGGCAUGACUUCAGACCAGAUUAUAAGCUGUUGGGCAUCCUGAAAAGGCAGUUCCCCAAGGUCCCGCUGCUUGGACUCACAGCCACGGCAACCAGCAGUGUCCUCAAGGACUGUGAGAAGAUCCUGUGUGUGCCACAGCCAAUCACACUCACCGCCUCCUUCAACCGAACCAAUCUCUACUACGAGGUUCAUAUUAAAGAUUCUGACAGUGACGCAACAAUAAAUGACAUUGCCUCCAUGAUUAAAAACAGAUACAAGGACCAGUCAGGAAUCGUGUAUGUGUUCUCUCAGAAGGAUGCAGAGUCAGUGGCGUCUGAACUCCAGAAGAGAGACAUCCUGGCCCAUCCGUACCACGCACACAUGGAGCCUGACGACAAGUCCCGUGUUCACCGCAAAUGGACCACUGGUAAAAUCCAGGUGGUGGUAGCAACCGUGGCGUUUGGAAUGGGCAUCGACAAGCCUGACGUCAGGUUUGUCAUCCAUCACACCAUGAGCAAGUCCAUCGAGAACUACUACCAAGAGAGUGGACGGGCAGGCCGAGACGACCGCCCUGCAGACUGCAUCGUCUACUACGGCUUCUCUGACAUCUUCAGGAUCAGCACCAUGGUGGUGAUGGAGAACGUUGGCCAACAGAAGCUGCUGCAAAUGGUUGACUACUGCCAGAAUGUUGACAGGUGUCGGCGCUCCCUCAUGGCUGUUCAUUUUGAUGAGGUGUGGGACGAUGAAGGAUGCAACAAGAUGUGUGAUAUUUGCCGCCAUAGGAAAGACUUCACCACCAUGGACAUUACCCAGCAAGCCAGGCAGGUGGUGCAGAUCGUUGAGGUGGCUGCAUCCAUGGAUGAGAAAUUGACCCCUCUGAAGCUGGUGGAGGCGUGGAUGGGGAAAGGCCCCGCCAAGCGCAGGAAGAUGAUUGAGACCACCACGCUGUCUCGUCUGCAGGCUGAAGCUGUGAUUGUCUACCUGCUGCUGAAGGGAUACCUCGGAGAGGAUUUCAGCUUCACUCCAUACACCACCUACUUCUACAUGAAGCUGGGCCGAAAAGCUCCUCUGCUGAAAAGCCAGACUCACACGCUCAGCAUGAAGAUGAGGACGACAGGGACCGGAUCUGCUACGGUAAAAGCUGCGAGUGGCCAGGGCAAAACCAAAGAGGGAAAGAGAUCAGUUCAAAGUGCUGGAGACGCCCCUGUGUCCAAGAAAGUCAAGAAAGACCGCCCCUAGUCCCCCCCACCCCACCCAGAAGACAAGCUGACAAAGAAACAUCUGCUGUCAAAGCCAAUGAGGAAGAGGUUGAUAUAACCUUUGACCCCAUUGUCAUGGACAACAGUUGUCCCCCAAAACCCAA